AUGGCGAAAGAUCGUCUCGUCCUUGUCGUGGUCGCGGUCGCACUGGCGUCCGAGGGAUGCGCCGCGGCAGUGGGAAAGUUGUACAGCCGACCCUUGAAGUUCAGGUUCACCGGCGAAGACCAGGAGACAUCCGCCACCAAACACGAAGGUGAGCAUCUGCCCAACAACGAUAGUGGGGAAUCGAGACAUUACGACGAGCAUCAUCACGACAGUGGAGAAAAGGACGAUAAAAGUUACGAGGAUCAUCACGAGCGCGAUGAGGAAGAAAAAGGGCACUUGGAUAAAACCAAUCGCAAGCAGCACAUUGCCGAGGAAAAAGGACACAGCGAUCGGGAGCUCGAUGAGCACAAGCACGUGACGGACGAGCAUGUUGGCGAAAAAAGUAAAAAAUCGGAAAAGUACGACGAAAGCUCCAAGUACCACAAGGGCCACAGUACCAAGGGUGAGCACAACGUUGUUAAAAAGGAUAACUACGAAAAGAAGCACGACUUUUACGACGAAUUCCACGAUGAUGACGAGCACGAGAGACACGAGGAGCAUCACGGAGAUCACGGAGCUCGCCAAGAAGGUCACUGCCAAACCGAACGCGACAGUAAGGAAGUACUCAAGGAGCAAGGAGAGAAAAGGGGAAAUCACCACCUCGGAAAACAGAGCCACCACGUCGAGAGCCACUACAACGAUGGCGCGCACAAACAUCGUAGCGAUCACAGCGGCAAGUUCGCGGGAAAAGAUGGGAGCGUUGGACUCGGGAAGAUAUGGAUUUACCGGCUCUAG